AUGUCGCCUUCUGCUACCACUACGGCUGGGUUUGUUCCCAGUGACCGUCUCAAGGUGCUGGUCAUUGGAGGAGGCCUUUGUGGUCUGGGAACCGCAAUCUCAACCUCGCUCGCCGGCCAUAGCGUAACGGUUUUUGAAGCAGCGCCUGAGCUUCAUGAAAUUGGCGCUGGCCUCCAGAUCACGCCCAAUGCCAAUCGCCUGCUGCAGGGAUGGGGCCUGUGGGAAUCCCUGGCCCCUGUCGCAGCCGCGCCGCAACAGCUAAGCAUUCGAAGAUUUGACGGCCGACUUUUGGCGCAGAGAUUAGAUUAUGAUGAAGAGACAAAACGCAAAUACGGCGUCCCAACCUGGUGUCUGCAUCGAGUCGAUUUGCAACAAGCACUUCUCCGGCGUGCUACAGAAUUGGGUGUAGAGAUUCGCUUUGGCCAGCGGGUGCAUGACAUUGAUUUUGAGCGGAACCAGAUCACACUCGAGAAUGGAGAGACUGCUGUGGGAGAUGUAGUGAUUGCUGCAGAUGGCCUAUGGUCCGCCGUCAGAAACAAAUUUCUCGGCAUUGAGACACCACCAAAACCCACUGGUGAUUUGGCCUAUCGCGUGACAAUCAAUGUCGAUGAGAUUGACGACCCAGAGCUUUUGGAGGUCAUUCAAAAGCCAGGAAAUAACAUAUGGAUUGGACCGUCAAGGCACGCUGUUGGAUAUAACGUGCGCAAUGGGAAGCUGUUCAACAUGGUCCUUCUAGUUCCAGACGACUUACCAGAAGGUGUUCGAAAGCAACCGGGAAAUAUCGCGGAGAUGCGGAAACUAUUCGAAGACUGGGAUCCAAUUCUUACAAAGCUGUUAGCUAGAGUUGAAAAGGUGGAAAAGUGGAAGUUGAUGCACCAUCCUCCCCUUGAACGAUUAGCCAUUGACACUGGCCGAUUCUUCAUUGCAGGAGACGCAGCCCACCCCAUGCUACCGUACUUUGCUCAAGGCGCAAAUUCAUCUUUCGAGGAUGCAGCCGUAUUAGGACAUCUUUUGUCCAAAGCUUCCUCAAUCAAAGAAUUGCCAAUUAUUGCGGACAUCUAUUCCAGAAUACGACGAGAACGAGUAUCAAGAAUUCAUAGCGAAACUUUUGUUCAUCGCGACGACUUUCACCUACCUGAUGGACCAAAACAAGUCCAAAGAGAUGAAUUGCUAUAUAAUUCAUUCACUAAGGAUGACUGGACACAUCCGAAGAUUCAGCCUUGGUUGUGGUCUUACGAUGCGUAUAAAGCUACAGAGGAAGAAUACAAUAGAGUAAUCACGAAAUGA